AUGGUCUUCACCAUCGAUCUCUCCGGCAAGACGAUUGUCGUCUCGGGCGGCAACCGCGGCAUCGGACUGGCCAUGUCCGAGGCCUGCGCCAACGCCGGCGCCAACGUGGCCAUUCUCUUCCACUCGCACCCCAAGGCGCACGAGGCGGCCGAGAACGUGGCCAAGCAGUUCAACGUCAAGUGCAAGGCGUACCAGUGCGACGUCGGCGACGCCAAGCUCGUCAAGGACACGGUGGCGCAGAUCGAGGGCGACCUCGGCACGCCCAUCCACGGCCUCUGCGCCAACGCCGGUGUCUCGGUCGUCAAGCCUGCUCUGGAGCUCACCACCGAGGACUUCCACAAGGUCUUCAACGCAAACGUCCUCGGCGCCUUCAACACGUGCCAGGCCCUCGCGCAGCACUGGGUCGAGAAGGGCUACAAGACGGGCUCCAUCGUCAUCACCAGCUCCAUGUCGUCGAGCCUGUACAACCAGAAGGGCCUCAACGACCCUCUGACGCAGAUCUUCUACAACGCCUCCAAGGGCGCCGUGACGAACAUGGUCAAGGGUCUUGCCACCGAGUGGGUCAAGCACGGCAUCCGCGUCAACGCCCUCGAGCCGGGCUUCUGCGAGACGGAGCAGACGAGCGGCAUGGACCCCAAGAUUCGCGAGUGGCAGGCCGCCUCGGUGCCCAUGGGCCGCUUCAGCCAGCCGCACGAGCAGGCCGACCCGGCCAUCCUGCUGCUGUCCGACAAGGCAUCGUACAUCACCGGCACGCAGCUGCGGCCCGACGGCGGCUUCAGCGCCUACUAA